GACAGGUGGGAGGAAGGGGCCUCCUUCCUGCCCCGCCGAGCUCGGGGUCCUGACCCUGGCGGGGCGGUGGGGGGGACGCCCCCGGGAGACCCGCCUCCCUCCGGCCUCAGUUUCCCUGCCUGUGCAGGGAGGGCCCGAUCUCAGUUUCCCCAUCUAAGAGGAGGUGUGUUUGUCCGAAGUCCCGAGGUCUCUGGGUGCCCAGAAACCUCCGUCACCCCGAAGUCCCGGGGACCCUCGGCGCUGUCCGUGACUCGGGACGCGCCCGGCCGUCAGGAUCAUUCAUCCUUCCGGGGUCCCGCGGGCCCAGGGGGCUUCAGGAGCCACGGAUGGCGGGGAACCCGGGCUGAGAACAGGGGAUGUCAGGGCCGGGAGGGAGGUAGAACCGGAGCUCGAGCUCCGGGAGGAGCCUCAGGGCACCGGGCAGCUUGCCGAGAGCUUAGGGCCGGGGCAGCCGAACCGGAGGGGGCUCCGGGCCGGGAACGUUAGCACGGGAAGAGGCUUUGGACCAGGAAGGGUUUCAGACCCUGGAACGUCCGAGCUGAGAAGGGUCGCACCCGGAGUGUCCGAGCCCGAGGGAGCUUGGAGACUGUCCGGGCCAGCUCUUAAUGCUACAGGCGUCCCCCACAGAGGAGGGCGGGGGGCUGGGGCCGGGCAGAGGCAACCUCAGUCCCAGACAAAGAGCUGGUAGUGAGAGGGCCGGCGGGACCCGGCGCCUUAUUUCUGCCAUCAGACCUGGGCAUUGUGUUGGGCGGCAGCCUCUCAUCUUCCCGUCCCUAAGGAGCCCCGCCAAGACGCGGUCUGGGGAGCGAGCCCAGAGGCGCCCCCCGGCGCUGUCCGGGGAAGAGCCCCGAAGUGGGAGGCAGCCCACCCCGAGCCCCGGGCGCCGCGCGCCGCGCGCCGCUCUGAGCGCCGGAGGCAGCCUGGGAUGCUCCUUUUGUUUGACCCUGGCGCGGGCCCAUUGGUCUGGCCCUCAGUUCCUUCCUCUGUAAAACGAAGACCCUGCAGCCGCGCUACGCAGCCUGCAGGUUGUGCGUUGUAGCCAUCUUCUGAUUGCAGGGUUCUCUCUGUAACUCCCGGUUAGCUCGGGGUCCGAUGCCGGGGAAGCCGACUGCCACUGCCCCUCCGGGAGAAGGGACGCAAGGUUUCCUAAGGACUUGCCACUUGACCCAGAGGCCUUUAAGGCUGGGGAAAGGGCAGAGGCUGGAAAGAGACUGUAGAAGCCUUGAACGCCAAAGCCAGAAGUUCACUCUCAGGUUUAGGGACAGUCGUUGUCCGGGGCACACAGUAGGCGCUCACGCGCGAACCGCGCUGAAUAGAUUUUGACCUUUAUCCUGUGCGCCAGGAAAGAUAACUUACCAAUAAAACUUCACUUAAAACGGAAAUAACAAACAGCACGCACAAGAUGUUCCUCGGAGAUUCCCCCAUGAGACUCACCAUCACUCUCUGAAACAGCCCGAUAUCGUUAUGCCCAUUACAGAGAUGGGGAAACUGAGGUUCAGAGCUGAAGUGGCUUGUCUAGCGCCCAGAGCCCAGGGGUCACUAGCCCUGGACUCCGUACUGGGGAAGCUCCUGGGAGAACACGUGGGAAGUGGGGAGGAAGGUCCUAGCACCCCCCUGGCCUGAUCCUGGCUUCGGGACCCGUUUUAGAGUCGUCCGCCAGCCCGUGCCAGAAGGGACACCUGCACCCUCGGACUCUGCCUUUGUGGGCGGAGGCCGCGCGGCCGGGGGCGGAGGUCCGGCGUUCGGGAUCCCCGGGGGCAGCCCUGCCGCCAGUGCUCCGCCCCUCCCUCCCGGGGCUUCUCGCCGGGCGCAGACCCCCCCCCGCCCCGGAGGGUGAGCUUUGAGAGACCCGCAGGAGACUGGGGCCUCCAGGUGGGACCCCCGGUCUCCCCGCCGGGUUUCCCAACUUGACUUUGCUUGCGAAUGGCUGUUCCUGUGCGAACCUGGCACUUUAAAUCCCGCUCGGUCCGCGGUGAGGAGGGGGGUGGAGGUAGGGGCGAGUUCAGGGAGUCUCGAUAAGAAAUUCCCGCGGAGGACGGGAUUCUCUCCCCCUCCCUCCGCUCAGGAGAGUGCGGGAUUAGGAACUGGAGGACGCUCCCUGGCCAGCUCGUGCUCCCCUCCCCCUCCCCCAGCAUCCCCGCAUCCCUCCACCUCCCAGCCCCGCCCCUUCACCGAUGUCCGUCCAUAUAUGGGCAUGGCCCCGAACGGCGGCCUCUCAUUGGGCCGUACCGUCAUGCGCGAGUCUGUCAACAAAGGGGCGGGGGUGUGUGUGGUGGCGCGGGCUCCCGGGACAGCUCGACUUUCCACCCUUCCCUCCUUCUCCCCUCUCUCUCGCCUUCCUUUCACUCGCUGGCUGGGCAAGAGCCAGGGCUCCUGGAGAGCGGGAAGGGGGCGUGGCCUCCCUUCCACUCCUAGCGCAUGCGCUCUGACUUUCCACGCUCUGAACCGGAGUUGAGCUGGGUUGCGGACCAGCGGGUCUCCUGCAGGCAGUGGCGAGGGGUCUGCGUUCGGAGAUCCGCGCCCUGAGCCCCUGUCUGGCUGUGUGACCUCGUACAGACUCUGCCUCUCCGGGUCUCAGUUGGUUCAUUUGUAAGGUAGAAGGGUCGGUCUAGAAUUGUUGAGGUUCAGAAAGGAGACCCCAAAAGGUUGGGAUCGCAGACCCUUGUAGCGAGGUGUCGUUUGAACUCAUGUCCAAGUCAGGGGGCAAAAUUUAUUGUAAUCGUAAUGGCAAUUGAAGCCGUUCCAAAAGGAACCAAGAGAAAGAGGAUAGAUUUCUAGGAGAAAGACCAGAGCUUCAUGUGACCUGUUUGCUAAUUUUAUGGCUUACAGGUAGUUUGGAGGGAUGGUCUCUUCGUUAUUGUCUCAGGAGCUUGGUUAUCACUGACCAACAGAUUAUCUGACAAUCAGUAAUGUUUGUAGGACCAUCCGAAGGCCAGGAGACUUUACAAUCAUUGAGGCACAGGUUGUUAGAACAAUAGCACUCUAAGGCUGAGGGAUCUCAGGAUAACAGAUUCUAAAGCCUGAAGACUUUAGAAUCAUUGACAGAUCGUUAGAACAGAAGCACUCAAGUCAGAGAACCUCCUAGUUGCUGUUUCUCUAGAAGCUGUACCCCAUCAGAAUGACCUCCCCUUGCUCUGCCAGCCCUGGAAGUAUCUGUCUACAAUUGGGGAGGAGUCUGGGCCUCUUCAUUGUGGGCUAUGUUUAUCUGAUGCCUAAAUUUGGGGGUUGGGAGGCAUGAUGUGGGUGCUCUGACCCUCCAGGUGCUAUGGCCAUGGAAGACCCAGAUUGGGGCCGGACAGGCUGGCAUUAACCACAGCUCUGCAGGUGGCUCUGGGCGCCUUCAUCUUCACGGGCGGGUCUUCAGCAUGCGGUGACCCUCACCUGGCCCAACAGCCAUGGACCCCAGCAGCCUCUCUCCAGUCCAGCUGUGGUGCCCUCGGCCCUUCGGUACCUACUCUCAGAAUCAGCCCCGCUCAGCCACCCCCACGGCCCGCAAGCCGCCCCCGCCCCCUGCCUGCCCCGAGCCUGGGAACGGGAGCAGUCUGGGCCCUGCCGAUGGGCUGGUCCGAUCAGAGAAUACACCUCCGGCCCCAACGGCCCCCGCAGCCCCCCUGCUCUCCACGGCCCCCGGCGAGGAGGGCCGCGUCCUGCUGGACACCUGGUACGUCAUCAAGCCGGGCAACACCAAGGAGAAGGUGGCCUUUUUUGUGGCCCACCAGUGUGGGGGCGGAGCCAGCCGGGCCAGUGCAGGGAAAGUCAAGGGCCACUGGGGCAGUGACAGUUCCAAGGCCAAACGGAGGCGGCGCUGCCUCGACUCCACCAAACCCCGGCCCAGCGCUGGGAAACCGCCUGAUGCGGCCGGAGAGGAGGACCAGCAGCUGCCCGCUCCUGCCGAGGCCGCCGCCGGCGCCCCAGAGGACGUGGACCUGCUCUCUGUGGCGGAGAUGGUGGCCCUGGUGGAGCAGAGGGCGGCCCUGGCCCUGCAGAGCUACCCCCGAGCAGGCGCCCCCACCCCCGUGGUGUUCGUGUCGGCCGCCGAGCAGGGCGCGCAGGGGCCCGGGGGGGAGCGGCGGCCCGGCAGCGACUGCAGCCGCGUGGCCGAGGCCGUGGCCCACUUUGAGGCCCGGCGGGAUGGGCCGCGCAAGGAGGAGGUGCGCCCGGGGGACGCCGGUCGCAACGGAGGCCCCGGAGAAGUGCGCAUCGCCUUUCGAAUCUCCAGCGGCCGCGAGUCCCGCUCCCCCGAAGGCGGACAACCCGGAGCGGGUUCCGGCGGCCGGCCCGGGUGCACUUACGCGGGAGGGCCGGGCCCCAGCAGCCGGGCCCAGGACAAGAUCACCUGUGACUUGUACCAGCUCAUCAGCCCGUCCCGGGACGCCCUCCCCAGCAACGUGGACUUCCUGCUGGCCCGGGCGGAUGAGGCUGGGGACGGGGAGGCUGCCGGAGCCGGCCGCCCCGAGGGGCCUCCCGAGCGAGCAGCUGCUGGGGACAAACCUCCCGCCCCGCCCCCUCCCCCCGCGGGCGCCCGGGAGUGCGGGGGAGCGGGCGCUGCCGGCUUCCACGUGGACGUGGUGGUCACGGGCGUGGUGGACGAGUGCGUGUUCUUCGGCAAGGACGGCGCCAAGACGGUGAAGGAGGAGACGGUGUGUCUGACCGUCAGCCCGGAGGAGCCACCGCCCCCGGGCCAGCUCUUCCUGCUGCCGGCCCGGGGGGAGCCGGCGCCCGAGGCGCCCGCCGCCCCCGAAGCUCCCGCAGUUCCCACGCCCGAGGGCAGCGAGCCCGAGGCGGCCACCUCCGCCCCUGACGCCUCCCUGUGCCGCCUCUACCACCACGUGUCCCACGACUUCCUGGAGAUCCGCUUCAAGAUCCAGCGCCUGCUGGAGCCCCGCCAGUACAUGCUGCUGCUGCCCGACCACGUCCUGGUGAAGAUCUUUGGCUACCUGCCCACGCGCGCCCUGGCCGCGCUCAAGUGCACCUGCCACUACUUCAAGUGCGUCAUCGAGACGUUCGGCGUGCAGGCCACGGACUCCCGCUGGAGCCGCCACCCGCUCUACCGGGACGACCCCUGCAAGCAGUGCCGCAAGUGCUACGAGAAGGGCGACGUGUCGCUGUGCCGCUGGCACCCCAAGCCCUACCACCACGACCUGCCCUACGGCCGCUCCUACUGGAUGUGCUGCCGCCGGCCCGACAAGGACACGCCGGGCUGCAGGCUGGGCCUGCACGACAACAACUGGGUGCUGCCCUGCCACACGCUGGCGGGCUCCCGGCCCGGCCGGGAGGACGCCAGGUGAAGGGGGGGGGGGGGGAGGGAGCGCCCACCCCCCCCCUCCCAGCCCCUCCCCGACUUCUUUUUGGCUUGCCCUGCUCGACACAAACUAAAAACUACCUGAGGCCGAUCAAACUGGGAAUGGAAGAGCCUACCCGAGUGCCCAUUGGCUCUUUGUCACUUAAGCCCCACCCCGUCGAUUCGUGGUCUUUCUCCGGCCCCUGAGGGUGUUUUGGGGCCGGGGAAUGGAGUAGGGCAUCUCAGAAUAAUGUGUUGUCUUCAUCUCAGCCCCUCCCAGCCCCCUCCUUCUCUGAUCUGGACUCCCCAGAUGGGGAUGAUGCUGGGGUGGGAGCCAGGGGCCUGUCCCCUUUCAGUCUCUCCCCACAAGGGCCCUACCAGCAGAGAGUAGCCUGAGGCUUGGUCCAUGCCCCCUCCCCCCAUCUGUCCAUCUCCUCCGGUCCUCAUUGUCAUUUCUCCAGGCCUUUUCCUCCCGAUUCUCCUGCCCCCGGUCCCCUAGACUGCUUGUUACCGUCACUGUCCCUCAUGUCGGCUCAACUGGACCUCUAGCUCCUCCCAACCUCCCCAGCGACGUUUCUCUCCAGUCCCUGGAAGAGACAUUAGCAUCAUCCUCUCCCAGAUCUGUCUUAUCCAUAAUCUUUCCCUUGCCUCUUCCUAGGAUAGGGAAGAGGGGAAAAAAAGUUCUUUUUGAAAGAUUUGAAUCCAUUCACCCCUCACCACACAAUUUAAAGCAAGCCCCAAUCCCAAAGCUGUGAAUCCUUUCUGAGAGUGGUGGGUACCCUGAAUUGGAAUUUUGGGGUUCCCCUACUUCAACUCAGAGGAAACUCUGGGGGGCUCUGGUCCUCUCUUUGCUUCCUUGGCUCCCAGAAGAAAAAAAAGACUCCUGGGUUUCCUGGGGAAGCCGGGAAUCCAAUCUGGGACAUUCUCAAUUUUUUUUUGUUUUGUUUCGUGGUGGGUUUUUUUGUUUGUUUGUUUGUUUUUACAUCUUUGUGGUUCUGAAUGCUUCUCAUGUGUGGCAGUUUGGCCGGUUUGGGAAUCGGCCCUUUCUAUAAAGCAACUAUUUAUAAGCCUGGGUCUGGGCUAUUCUGUGUUCAGGGAGUGGGAGGGGGGAGGUGGCCAGAGGCCCACUUUGGGUUGGGAAGAUUAAGGACAAUAACCCACAUUUUAACAAGUAGGGUCUUAGAAUGUGGAGCUACAAAGCAUCUACUUCAGACAUCUUUUGGUAGAGCUUUUAGUAUCCCAGACUAGGAAAAUCGCGGAGGCCUCUUCAGGUGUGCCCUCUUCAACACAGGAACAGAAUCCGGAGGUUCAUCCUGCAUUCUGCAGGGAGAGACAACGGGGCCAUGGCUCCGGGUCCGGAUAAUUCCAGGCUUUAAACGCCCAGGUCAUCUGCUGCCAAACCUAGCUCUUGCCCUUACACAAUGGCCUCUGAAUUACUGAAUGCAUCAGGGACCUUCAGUGAUUUAUUCAUAUAAUGUCCUGAGCACGUGCUGGAGAAAUGAUCUCUGUGCUGGGCCUUGGAGGAUAUACUGUGCAGAUAAGACACAUGUUUGCCCUGGUACUCACAGGCUGGGCCCUGGGGGUAAGAUGCCCAAACUGAUAACUGUAAUGUGUCAAAGGUUCAUUAGAAAGGUAUAGACGGGGGCAGCUAGGUCAGAUAGGCUCACCUUUCUGAGUGAAAAAUCUACUCACAGAUACAUCCUAGCUGUGCAUCCCUGGGCAAGUCACCUCACCCUGUUUGCCUC